AUGACAACAUAUUUGCCCUUUCAUAAUUUAGCCUACUGUCCAAAAUAAAUCAUUGAAUUUGUCUAAAGGCCAGAUAUUAAUUUAAUAGAUUUACACAAAAUGUUAGAGACAUUAAAAUUACCAAGAAAUCAUUCGAAAAUCUUAAGAAAAAUGUAAAUUCUAGUGCAAAAGCAAGAAUCAUUUUUGAAUGAAGAAAAUUCAAACAUAAGAACUUGUUAAGAUGACGAUUCUAUUUCACCAAUGAUGAUUUUUAGAAAGUUCAGCUAUUGA